AUGGCUUUUGCUCCAUUUACUGGGGUGAACCAUCAUGGACAAUCUAUACUUUUUGGUGGAGCGUUGCUAGAAAACGAAAAGGAAGAAACUUUUGUAUGGUUGUUUGAGCAUUUCUUAAAAUAUAUGUUUAGCAAGUAUCCGAAGGCUAUUAUUACUGAUCAAGACAAAGCUAUGGGUAAUGCAAUAAAAAAAGUGUUUCCAAAUGCUCGACAUCGCUUUUGUGCAUGGCAUAUAAAAAAGCAUGAAUUGGAGCACCUUCGACCGUAUGUUGCCCUUUUUAGUGAUUUUCAAGAAUCAUAUAAAGAAUGCUUAAUGAGUGACACAAUUGAAGAAUUUGAAACAAGGUGGGAAGUUAUACGUGAUAAGUAUAAACUUGAAAACAAUUGUUGGAUAACUGAUAUGUAUAACCAACGAGUACAUUGGGCUAAAGCCUUAUUAAAGGAUAUUUUCUUGGUCGUACAAUAUGACAAAGCAAUUGCUUCACGAAGGGCCGCCGAAGAAGAUGAAGAUUUCAAGACUAUGAACUCGAGGCCGAUUGUUACCUUUUGUUUGUCAAAUAAGAUACAUGUCACAUGUUCUUGUGCUAAGUAUGAGACAUGUGGGAUUUUAUGCAAACAUAGCUUAUACGUGAUGAAGAAAAGGCAUGUUGAUACACUUCCGAGUCAUUACAUUUUACCUCGAUGGACCCUUAAUGCUAGGUACAAGGUGGGUAAGCGUAGCAUCAGACUCGAAGAAAUGAAUAACGAAAACGGGGUUAGUGAUUACACUUUAUGUUGUGUUCGUUCAAAUUUUAAUAAAGUAAUUGAACAAGUAAAAGACCCCCCUUCAAAAAUAGAAAAUGUCAAUAACGUAUUGAUAAAGCUCUUACAAGAUCAAGCAAUACGGAAAAAACCUUUACCAGUUGAGAACAUAUCUCAAGGUUCUUAUGUGAGAAUGUCACAAGUCGAUAUGACACCUCAGCUAUUUGUCCGGGAUCCUCUUGCUCCAACUAACAUGAAAGGACGUCCUAAAAUUGCUAGUAGAAUUAAUUCUUCUUUAGAAGUGCCAAAAAACGAAGAUGCUCUUAUUGUGGAUGAAUCGUUGGAAGAGAAACAAUGA